UCAGUAUGGGUUGAUGUGUGUAUGGAGUGUGCGCCUCUUAGAAGGCAGAAGAGCGAUUGUGACCUACUUGUGCGUAAUUAUUUGUUAACGAACGACAAAAUGAAGAGUCACGAAGACACGGAAUGGAUUUUAUGGGGCCACUGGGCCACACAGAACUUUUACACUAUUCCAACCGCAUCCAACUCUUCUCUCCACCCAAUUAACCAACUAUGCCUAAUGAGUUGGAUUAUAUAUUCUCGACUAUUGGAGAGGCCGAUCGCUUUUUGUGGAGCAUUACUGACCUAACUGUUCACCAAUUUUUCACAGAAUGCUCAAGACACAGGUGACAGGAUGGUGCUUCUUUGUGCUACUCAUGGCCAAUGGUGUAUUUGCACUGCCCAAUCAAUACAUACCGCGAGAGAUUGUGGCGCGUCAGCGUAUUGUGGAGCCACCACGGGUACCAGUUGCACGUAUUGAGGAAGUCAACCGUAAAUUUGCCGAGAAACCCAAUGCCCUGAAGAAGGUAGCUCUGGAUGACAUUGAUGAUGACAUUCAGACAAAUCAAAUCCAAGAAUCCGGACAAGGGUUCUCAUGGACAAAUAUGCUGAGCACCGUGCUGCAGAUGAUGUUCCCCGCCAAUGGCAACAGCAGCCCCACAAAGAGCGAUGACAUUGACAACAAUGUGGGCUUUACACAGUCUCCCUGGACCAAUCUCCUCUCUGUUGGACUCAAAAUUCUAACAGCCAUCCUUGGUGGUGGACAGAACAAUGAUGGUAUCGACAAAGUAGACAACGGUGGUGGUGGAUCACCCAUGCAGGGAAUCCUGGCGGCUGUUCUCUCAGCAAUGUUGGGCGCGAAAGAUCCUGAGCAGGUUAACACGAUGGCUAAGCAGGCUGGUGAGUUUAUCAAUAUCGUGAUGAAUCUCUUGGAUGCCCUCAAGACAUCCUUCUCGCAUCGUUCCAUCCGUGCUCGUUCAAUUGGUAAGAAGGACUCUGUGAGUGAUGCUGCCGUUGCUGGGUUGUCCAUGCUCAAGGGCUAUGCGAAGACGUACAAGAAUAGCGACGACAAGUGCAUGCAGAAGUAUCUCUGUGAGGCCAAUAGGGAGUGCAAUGCUGACAUCGGAGGCACAAGUAUAUUCUGCCAAUUGGGUACAUACGCCACCAGCUUUGUCCUCGAACGAACCACAAGUACAGCCUUUGAAACCUUCUACGAGGCUGGACGACAGGGAAGGUCCGGUAUUGAUUGCCGACAACUCUACUUGGAAUGCAAUGAAGUUUAAUCUUUCAACAACAAAAAAAAAACUCUUCUGAGCACGUGACAAAGUUAUUAAGUAUAAAUUUAUAUACAAACCCUCUUCUAUGUAAUUUAUUUAUUUAUAUAUCCUAGGGUAGAAUGAAAUAAAUUGAAUGUGUGUGUGUUUUAGAUCUUAUAGAAAAAAAAUCAUGUUUUAUUUUUACAUGUGAUUUUCUUAUUUUGCGAUUUCUUACAAUAAAACAUCAUUUAGCGUCAUCCCAUUCCAAUAAAUUGAUCCACCAUCUAA